CAAAGAAGAAUUAUUGGCGACGUCUGACGACGACACAAGGAAUAAUUCAAGUACUUCAGACACAAACAUCCCAGAGAUUGUUUAUUCACAAGCAGAAGACAAAGACACCAAACCAGCUAAUGAAAAUAUAAAAGAUAAAAAUGCAGAAUACAACCAGGGUGAUCACGAAGAAGAUGAAAUAGAAUUAGAGUUGCUGCUAAAUCAGCACUUCACAGGAGCUAGAGGUACUUCUUCCAGAGAUGAAAGGAAUUCAUACACCACAGAACCAGUUAAUUUUCCAAGUGAAACUGAAAGAUUGGAGAAAAAUCUAACCUGCAUAGAAAAAAGCAGUGGCUUCCGCCCUAUGCCUAUCAGUCCCUCAUCUGAAAACACUUCACAAGAGAUAGGGGGAGAAUUAGAACAUACAGUUAAGUAUUCCCUAAGAGAUUAUAGUAGUCAGCUGUCAGGGCAAGAAGCCGCUGCUGGCUUGGAGAAGAGCGGCGAGCAAUCUUUGGAAGAUACUGGUACCAGUGAAAGCCUCUUAUCGGCAAAAUAUUUUCCUGGGACAAAGCAGAAUGAGGCAGUUGAUACUAUGGCUACUGUCUCAAGCCAACAAGGUGAAAGCCACAAAGAUAUUUCAAAAGGUGAAACAGAUAGCACCUCGGGAAGUAAGAUGAUGGAGAGGUUAUUCAUCAGUGAGGAUGAUGCUGUUACCUCGAAAGGGGCCUGUGAAAUGAGACCAGAAACCAUUUCUCCAGAGCAUGAUGAAUCCAUGCAAUUAAAUGCAUGCGUAGCAGGGGCACUGGAUGGCAAUGCUAAUCCAGCUCCACAGCACCAGGCACCGCAGAUGUCUCACCAAACUCGGGAUUCAUUGUUGUCAGACGCUGACAAAAAUGAAGGAAAAAUCAAGAUGAUUGAAAGCAAAGUUCAGGUACAUUUAAGAGGAGAUUUAUAUGCCAGCACUUUUGCACAUGCUGAUGUCUCAAUAGAUUCCACAAAAAGCCAAUAUAUGCAAAAAAAAGGAGCUGGUGAAAUGUCAGGGAAGAGCUAUAACAACGAUGCAGGGAAGGAGAAGAAAGUCAUCGAAGUAGCAGACUUGGCACUGAUCGGUGAGGAGGAAGCACCCAAGCCUUUCAAGUCGUGUAGAAAACAUGCUGCCAAAGCGUCGAACACAAUGCCUCUGUCAGGCAGAGACAACAAACAGGCACCCAGGCCUGCAGAGGCAGAUCCCCCGGCAUCCUCUCCGUGGGAUGAAAGGAGGGCUGGAGACACUCGGGAACACAGAGGAUUCACAAGGUUAAAAGACAGAGGAGAGUCAGACAACACAAACCGAGGAAGACUGAUGGGAGAGGAAAGCGAAGCAAGCCCCCUGCAGCAGAGAUGGCGAGAAACGGGUAGCGAGGCUUGGUGGGGAGUGAGAGGGGACACAGGGCAUUGGGGUACAGCUUCCACAAAGGAGCUGUUUACCUGCCAGAAGGCAGAGAGUUGUGAAAAGUCUUCUGUCUCUGAGCAGGGUAUCACAGAGGAAGCAGAGGCAGGUACAGCUUAUAUAAUUAAAACAACAUCAGAAAGUGCUCCAGAAAAAAUGUCUACCAGUGAAAAAGCAGUAAUUGCUAAGCUACCUCAAGAGACUGUGCUAAGUGACAGGCCCACAGAGGAAAAGGAAGCUGCGUUUGAUACACAUGAAGGGAGAAAUGAUGGUUCACAUUAUGCUCUUUGUCAACUCAACACAGUGGGUGUAUUAUAUGACACUGAAUUUGAAAAGGAAUCAGUUUUAGAUAUUUAUAAUGCAAGCGUACGUGAAACACUGCAAGGAGAAGCGACAUCUAUAUGCAAUAGCAGGGAAAAACGUGCCAGAGCACAACCAGACGCUGGCAAUAUUUCACCUGUAGGAGAAGCAGUAAGGGCUUCUGCUACUGGAAAGAAAGAAAGUUUGGAUCAGGGAUUCUACUCUGAAGUGGCUAAACAUCCCCCGAGCACCCAGAAGCAUCUAUACGGUGAGGAGGCAGAAUUGCUCUGUAGGGAAGGAAGCCAUGCUGGUACACUUUCCUAUUUACAUGCUAAAGCUGAAACGAAAAUGUCGUCUUCUGAAGGGUCCACUGUGGUAGGAGGUAUGGAGAAUCUGUGUAGACACUUUGAAUUCAAAGUCAUUGACAAAGUUGCUGCUGAGUCAGGGUACGAUUUAAGCCUACCAAAGGAAAUCACAUGUAUUAAUAAAAAUCUCUCUCCUGAAAAAAAAGAAGUACUUUCCACUUCAGACACAGCAAUUGCUGGAGAAGGAAGAGGAAGGAAUAUAGGUCAAUGUUUUCAUCAAGCAGAGUUCAAACAAGAGAAGUCACGAAGGCCAGAGGUUUUGAUUAGUAAGCCCACCAAAGAAGCUGGAGGGUCAGGCUCUCCCUCUGACCAUUUAAUAACUGAGGGGAAACAGCUAAACUGGCUUGAUGACUCACAGAAGGAAAGCCAGCACAUCUUUGAUUCUGCAGAUAUACCUAACCAGGAGAGUGAAGCACUUAAGCUACCUAGUGAGUCUCCAGGUUUAAAAUAUAUUGCUUGCAAAAUGUGUUAUUGCUUCUUCUUUCUUCUAUUUGCUGCAACACUCUACCACUAUGAUUUGAUGGUUUGUCUUGCACUCUACCUCUUCUCCUUGUAUUGGCUAUACUGCGCAGGAAGAAGAAACAAGGAAUCUGUCAAAAAGGAAUAA